AUGCACGGCCAUGCGCAUCACAACCAUGCACGCAAUGUGGAGGAACUAGAGGAGCAAGGAACUGUUGAGGCACGAGGUGUCAUCGAGGAGCGAGGCGAUGUCGUGAUUGUUUAUAAGACCGUGGCGCCGGAUUUUACAGGGGAGGUGGGAGGUUAUGUAACCGGUGCCCAACCCACUACUACGACGCAGGUGCACGCCGGUGUCGGUGAGCCUGUCAGCGCGGCUACUACAAAGAAGGAACAAACAACGACCAAAGAAGAAACAACCGAGGCCAAAACCACCGAGGAGGCGACCACAACCAAGUCCAAGGAGGAACCGACCACCACCAAAGAGACCGUGGCCCACACCACUCAGGACACUAAAUCAGAAACCACUGAGACUACUGAGACUAAAAAGACAGCCACCACGACUAGUGAGUCGGAGGCUCAAAUCACGACAACCUCCUUUGUGACUUCGGCGUCGUCCACCUCUGCUUCUUCCACCUUGGAAACUUCCCAGGAUGUCAACGAUCUCCUUGCGGCAACCUCCACCGCAACCUCCACCGGAUCGGCCAAAGACUCUGCCGCAUCGGCCUCGACAACCGCUCUUGGAACUACUACUUCUGAGGGUAUGACUGGUGGCGCGAAGGCUGGUGUGGCUAUCGGUGUCAUCUUCGGCGUUGGUAUAAUCGCUGCUCUGGUUUUCUUCUUUAUGCGAAAGAAGAAGAGAAGCCAAGAGGGAUAUCAGCGGGAGAAUGAGAAGACCUUCGGUGAUGAAGGCCUGCCAGAGGGUACCGCUGCUUCUUUGCCACCUCCUCCUCCUUCCAAGCCACAGGCUCUUUCGACACCCCCGCAACUUAAUGUUCGUCCCGUCACUCAAUUCGCGCCUGAUCUGAGCGGCGGCGCCUUGAACCCGACCGCCACUGCUGCUUCCGAUUUGAGCCCGGCCACCGCUGCUGUUGCAGGUGCUGCAGCUGGUUCGGCCGUCGCCUCUCGUAAUCUCACUGGUGACUCGGCGCCUCCUACCCCGCCGAAAUCUGCUGGCAGUGGUUCUGACCCGUUCAGGGACCCGGUCAAUCCUUUCAACGCCCCUGCCAGCCAGCACGCGCCUUCGGUUGCUGAAUCAGCCACUGAACCAUCUGGAUCGACUACUGGACCUUCUCAACCAACCACUGGACCGCCCGGAUCGACUGAACCUUCCGGAUCGACCGUCGCAGCUGCCGCGGUCGGUGCCGCAGCGGUGGGUGUUGCAGCAGGUGCUGCUGCUUCAUCUCGAGCAUCCAAUGAUUCCGAGCUCUACCAUUCCGCCGAAUCACGCGGCCAUUCCCCCACUGGUUCGACGCAAUCUGCAACCACCCCUACCAAUGCUACCAGUGCCGGUGCCGCCGGAGCUGCAGGCGCCAUGGCUGCUGGCCCACCACCCCCUACCAAUGUCUACCGUGUGCAACUGGAUUUCAACCCCUCUAUGGAUGACGAGCUUGGACUUCGUGCGGGAGCGCUUGUGCGCUUGGUUCAUGAGUACGAUGAUGGGUGGGCUCUUUGUACGCGCCUUAAUGGCGCCCAGCAAGGAGUUGCCCCACGGUCUUGCCUCUCGGCUCGUCCUGUGAUGCCUCGCGCCCGCCCACCUCCUGGCCCCGGCUCUCGCGGUCCACCCAUCAUGGGCCCUGACGGUCGCCCAAUGAUGCCCGCGGGUCCGCCCGGUCCUAGAUUCUAUCCUCAGGAUUCCCGUCCGAGAUCCCCCGGCGCUGGCUUCUCUGGGCCUCCACCUUCUCGCCCUUACCCUGCCCCCGGAACUGCUGUCAACUUCCCGCCAGUUCCCCGCUCUCUGUCUCCCGGGCCAGGAGGACGACCUGUCCCACGCUCCAUGUCUCCAGGACCAGGAGGACGACCUGUCCCACAAUCCAUGUCUCCUGGCCCCCGGCCCGGCCCGCGUUCGAUGAGCCCUGGUCCAUACGGACCAGGAAUGCAGCGCCCAGUGAUGCCGGUCAACCAACGCCAACGUAGCAAUAGCGCCGGCAAUGUCGCUCCACCUAUGGCAGUGCCCGCUGCGCCUACAGUUUCGAGUCCAUUAGCUGCUGCCGUUCCUGCUGCGCUUGCAGUUUCGACCCCAUUAGCUGCUGCUGUUCCUGCUGCGCCUGCCGUUUCGAGCCCAUUAGCCGCUACCGCUCCUGCCGUGCCACAAGUUUCGAGUCCUGUGGCUGUUCCUGCUCCAGCCCCUGCUGCAAUCCCUGCUCCGGUCCCUGCUCCGGUCCCUGCUCCGGCCCCUGCCCCUGCCCCUGCCCCUGCUCCCGCUCCCGCUCCCGCCGCACUGCAGGUUUUGACUUCCCCAGCCGCUCCUGAGCCUGCUCCCGCUGCACCUUCACCGUCAAGCUCAUCAGCCGCACCUACCCCUGCUCCCACCAGCGAGCUUCCAGCCCUUCCGACUUCAGUGCCGACUUCUCCGUCCGGCUCAAUCUCGCGAAAACCCCUCCCUACCCGGGACGCUUAG